AUGAGGAACAAAGGUAUGCGUCCUCCUGAUAUUAAGGUCUUCCCUUCGGCGAUGCAGAACCUAUGCAAGGAAGGAAGGGUAACAAAAGCACGGGAUAUCCUUGACUUGAUGGUGCACAUAGGUAUGAGGCCUGAUGUUUUCACAUUUAGUUUACUGAUCGGUGGAUACUGCUUAGUCUGCAAGAUGGAGGAUGCAUCAAAAAUAUUUGAUGAUAUGGUGUCAUAUGGUCUAGAACCGUCUAAUAUUACAUAUGGUAUACUUAUUAAUGGCUAUUGCAAAAACAAAAGGAUUGACGAUGGGCUGAUUCUAUUCAAAACAAUGUUGCACAAGGGACUUAAAUCUACAACUUUUAAUUAUAACGUCAUACUGGAUGGAUUAUUUCUGGCUGGACGAACAGUUGCUGCAAAAGAGAAGUUUAAUGAGAUGGUUGAAUCUGGAGUAAGUGUGUGCAUUGAUACAUGCUCUAUAGUUCUUGGUGGACUUUGUAAAAAUAGCUGCAGUAGCGAAGCGAUCACCCUGUUCCAGAAAUUAAGCACAAUGAAUGUGAAAUUUGAUAUUACAGUUGUCAAUAUCAUUAUUGGUGCAUUCUACAGGGUCAAGAGAAACCAAGAGGCUAAGGAUUUGUUUGCUGCUAUACUAGCCAAUGGCUUGGUUCCUAAUGCUGUUACCUACACCAUAAUGAUGACAAAUCUUAUAAAAGAAGGUUCAGUGGAAGAAGCUGACUAUCUUUUCUUAUCGAUGGAGAAAAGCGGCUGUACUGCCAACUCAUGCAUGUUAAAUCAUAUCAUCAGAAGGUUACUGGAAAAAGGAGAGAUAGUCAAGGCUGGAAAUUAUAUGUCUAAAGUUGAUGCAAAGAGCUUUUCACUUGAAGCUAAAACUGUUUCACUGCUGAUCUCUCUGUUUUCAAGGAAAGGGAAAUAUAGAGAACACAUCAAAUUGCUGCCUACAAAGUAUCAGUUUCUGGAAGAAGCCACAGUUGAAUAG